AUGAGAGUUACAAAUAAAGAGCUUGCAGAUUUUGGCUAUAUUUCCCGAAGGUCAUUUAUCGAUAUCAAAAAGUAUAUUCGAGAAUAUUUUGACAUCACUUGUGUCAAUUAUCCUGGAGGAUUUCAAACAGAUGUUGUAUGGAAGCUUGCCGUGAAGGCAUUAGUUCAUAUUGGCUCUUUCAUCAGUAAAUGUAAUGAGUUGGAGAAAGCACUGAGCUAUACAAGUAUUGUUGUUGAAAAAAUUGUUUCAUCACUGUCUAGUGAUAAAUUUACCCUGCCUUUUCCACUCAAACUGGAAGUGGUAUCUGAACUAGGUGCAAGUGGACAGUAUCAUAUGCUGAUGAUUGUUCAAGGGUUGGAAGGGGCUAUAUUUGCUAAGCUUGAUGAUUUUUUAGUCCAUGGGAAUAAAAAGUCUGUUGAAUUAGCAAUUCAACUUCUGCAAUGCUAUUCUGAAAAGGUUAUUCCGUGGUACUAAAGAAGGCUGGUCGGCCAUCAGAACGUUUGGUGAGCCAUGCAGAUUGCAAAUUUGAGAAACCAAUGGAGCAUGAGUGUGUGCAUGUCCAUGAGAUUACAGAAGCUACUGGGACUAAAGAGGCAGAAGCAGAUGCUAUGUAUGAUAAAGAACUAACGGAGGCCAUUAGAGGAGUACAGGAUGCUGUGACUGCUAUAAACGAGCAUUUGGAAGAGGUCAGAUAUGAAAUUGUGGCCCUUGAAUCUGAAUGAGUUAAUUUCAUAUUUUGAUUGCUUAAGGAGAUAGUCUCAUAGUUGCCAAACUAGCCAUGCAAAAAUGUAACAGCUAGAAAAACGUAUAAUUUGCUAAUAACUAUAAAGAUGGAAUUAUUUUUGUGACGGUUUUGCCGUUCCCUAUCCCA